AUGCCCCGGGACAAUGUUUCUCGCGUGAAGAAGACCAACACCAUUGGAAUCUUGACCUUCAUUGGGCUACGCGCGGCCGAUUCUGUCUUCCAGUAUGCCCUGCUCCAACGAGGCUGGGCUUCUAGUCUGAUUGAGCGCCUCGGUGCCACGGCUGUGAGUCGCGAGAUGAUUGUCCAUGUCUCGACCGGUCAGCUACAACCUCAAUACGCUAUCAUCGCAUUCAUGGCUCUCGGAAGCAGUGUCAAGCAGAUUUUGAAUAUUCUUCUAGUCCUUCAACAGGAAAUGUCUCCUUCAUCCGCAGUUAUUAUCGCAUUCUUUAACACUUUAUGCAAUACUUUGAACACGGUCUUGUCAGUUUGGGCAGUCACAUCUCAAGCACCGGGCCCCGAUAGCUUCUUUGGCAUUUUCCGGCGCCCAUUCCUACUGGCCGGUAUCGGAUUCUACUCAGCUGGUAUUUUGAUUGAGGCAGUCUCGGAGCUCCAAAGAACAGCAUUCAAGAAGGACCCCAACAACAAAGGAAAACCCUACGCUGGAGGCUUGUUUUCUGCGGCAAGACAUAUCAAUUACGGCGGAUAUACGAUUUGGCGAGCCUCCUAUGCAUACACCUCGGCUGGCUGGCUGUGGGGUCUGGGCGUCUUUUCUUGGUUUUUCUACGACUUUGCGGCUCGAGGGGUUCCAGUCCUUGACCAGUAUCUUCUUGGCCGAAUAUCUCUUUCCACCGCCCGUUUCUCUCUCCUCGCAGAUGCUGAUUUCUUCGUUUUCCUAUAG